AUGUUGAAGAGGACCUGUUUCUGUUAUGGUGGAUAUUAUCAUCAUGUGAUCUGUUCAGAGUCUGUGCAGCUUGUGGAUGGAGAUGGUCUCUGCUCUGGGAGACUGGAGGUGAAGUCCAAUCAGUCCUGGGCCUCAGUGUGUGAAGCUGACUUUGACCAGCAGGAUGCAGAGGUAGUCUGUGGGGAGCUUGGCUGUGGGGCUCCUGCAGCUCUACAGGGGGGGCUCUAUGGAGAAGGUGAGGGUCAGACCUGGGAUAAAGAGUUCCAGUGUAAAGGUAAUGAGUCCCUUCUCCUGGACUGUGACACCUCAGACAGAAAAAACAACACCUGCCUACCUGGUAAUGCUGUUGGACUCACCUGCUCAGAGCCUGAUGAUGUGAGGCUGGUGGGAGGAGGCAGUCGCUGUGCUGGUGGAGUGGAGCGGUACGACCAGGGAGAGUGGAGGGCUGUGGGAGCUGAUGACUGGGCCAAGGAGGGUGUAGCUGCAGUAGUGUGUAGACAGCUGGGUUGUGGCUCCACUGUUUCAGUUCUACGUGGAAAAACCACUGGAGGGUUUGACGUUUUCUGUCCUGGGUCUGAGUCUUCACUGAGGGAGUGUUGGAGAAGAAAUGUUCUCCUUCCUGGACUCACAGUGAUCUGCUCAGAUCUCCUGGUCCAGCCUGAUAUCUACCUGACUGACUCAAUGGGAGGGGUCUCCAGGGGCCAUGAGGGGCCAGAGGUGUUCAGGGGCUACAGCUUCACCAUCUCCUGCUCCACUCAGCCACAGUACCCAGGAGGCUCCUUCCUCCUCACUAACUUCUCCUCUGAGAGUGAGCUCCUCAACCUCACCGUCACAGCCUCUCCUCUACCAGCCUUCAUCAUCAGACACGUUGUAGUGCUGCUGAUCCUACUGACAGCCAUCACCACCUUCUACCUGUACUACAAGACCACCAGGAGGCAGAAGAGAGUGAACAGGGUGAGCAGCAUGGAUCUUUAUGUUGAUGCCAAUGCCAUGGAGAUGGUCUCUCUGAGCUCCAGAGCUGAAGCUGGACCGGGAGAGGAGAGAGCAGCCCAGGGGACUGAGUAGGAGUAGAAUGACGCUGACCCUACAUGCUGAUCUUAGGUCAGUUUU